AUGGAUACUCCUUCUUAUUUUCAAAUUAUUGAAGCCAUAUAUUAGUCUUGUUUAUUGUGCAUUUUGUGUUUAGAUCCAUUAGAUCACCAAAUACACCUAAAGAAACUAAAUUCAUCACCAAUCACAACAAAAUACCCGAACCAUGUGGUUCUUUACCUUUCAUAGGUCACCUUCAUCUUCUAAGCACACAAGUACCAUAUUUUAGGACAUUUUCAACCAUGGCUGAAAAAUAUGGUUCAAUAUUCUCCCUUAGGCUAGGUUGCCACAAAACCCUAGUUGUGAGUAGUAGGGAAAUUGCCAGAGAAUGUCUCACAACAAAUGACAAAGUAUUUGCAUCAAGGCCUAACAUAUCUGCGGGAAGAUAUUUGGGUUACAACAAUGCAAUUUUAGCUUUAGCCCCUUAUGGAAAUUAUUGGCGUGACAUGAGAAAAAUUUCAACUCUUGAGCUUUUAUCAAGUCAUAGGCUUGAAAAGCUAAUGCAUGUUAGAGAUUCGGAGAUAUUUUCUCUUGUUAAAGAUUUGUACACAUUUUUAAAAAAUAAUAAUUCAAAUGGUUUAAUUGAAGUGCCUAUUAGUAAAUUUUUAGAUCAUAUGACAUUUAAUAUAAUUGUGAGGAUGAUAGCUGGAAAAAGAUUUAGAGGUGAAACAAUAUACCAAGAAGAUAGUGAGGCAUGGAGAUUAAGAAACGCAAUCAAAGAUACCACAUAUCUAAGUGGUGUUUUUGUGGUGGGUGAUGCUAUUCCUUUCCUUAGUUGGUUUGAUUUUCAAGGCCACGUAGGUUUCAUGAAGAGAACUUUUAAGGAAAUGGACUUUAUUCUUGAUAAGUGGAUGCGUGAACAUUAUACAAAGAUAAAUGAGGGGCAACAUGGUAAAUAUGAAAAUGAUUUCAUGGAUGUGUUGAUAUCAAUGUUUGAUGGGUACGAUGAAAUUUGUGGCCACAAACGGGAGAUAGUUAUCAAAGCAACAACCAUGAUCCUUAUCCUUACAGCCUCAGGAAGCACAGCAAUAACAUUGACAUGGGCUCUUAGCCUACUUCUAAACAAUCCAAGGGUCUUAAAACAAGCCCAACAAGAGCUGGACAACAACAUAGGAAAACACAAAUGGGUUCAAGAAUCCAACAUUAAAAAUCUCAAAUAUCUUCAAGCCAUCAUCAAAGAGACCCUUAGGCUAUACCCACCAGCACCCUUAACAGGAUUAAGGGAAUCAAUCGAUGAUUGCCACGUGGCAGGUUAUCAUGUCCCAAAAGGCACACGUUUGCUUAUUAAUAUAUGGAAGUUACAAAGGGACCCACAUAUUUGGCCCAAUCCUAAUGAGUUUCAACCGGAGAGGUUCCUUACAAGUAAUGGUCAAAUUGAUUCACAACAUUAUGAUUUUGGAUUUGUGCCAUUUAGUUAUGGAAGAAGGUCAUGUGUUGGGUCAACAUUUGGGUUGCAAGUGUUGCAUUUGACACUAGCUAGGUUGAUUCAAGGCUUUGAUAUAUACACAAAGGAUGGUGGUGUUGUUGAUAUGAGUGAAGGUGUUGGAUUGGCAUUGCCUAAGGAAAAUCCACUUUCUCUUAUGCUCCAACCACGUCUUCCAUUGGACCUUUAUGAAAGCCUUUGAAAUUUUAAUUAUGUGUCUAAGAAAUUAUAAAAUAUUUUGUUUUAAUAAUGUACUCUAUGAUGUAUAUUUGUUCAAUAUUUUGUUCAAA